AGUGAGCACGCGCUUCCCGGACCGUAGCUGCCCGUCAUCGCUGGCGCUGACAUCACACGGAGGAUUUGCUACAAUGUCAAAUACUCACAAGCAGCGCGAGCUCAUGGCUUCCCCGCGCCACAAUGACAAACACCGCCGCGUCCUGCUGCUCAUCCUCUAAAUACUACACAACUACGACCACAACUACGACCACCGUCCAUGGCUUUAUUCCGCGAUUUUGGACAGGAUGCGUUUGAGCAAAUCUAUGUGAGUGCGUGAGCCAGGUCAGAGGUCAUGUUGCGGAGGGAAUCCGACUCCCACGGCCUCUUUACCUUCGGAGAGACGUCCGACAAUGACUGUGAGAUGGGGGUGAGCUGCAGAGAGGUAGAUGUAGCGUGUCUGUGCGAGGCCGGUCCCUGUACACUUUAUUCAGAAGCACACACGCCUACGCUGGACACGCGGCUGUGUGAACGCUGUGGAAAAAACAAAGUGAUGGUAACCAGGUACUCUGAGGGAUACGGCACAGAGGAGGAGUGUGUGUUAUCUGACCCUCAGGGGGAGAGUGACGCAGAUGCGGAUAUAGAGGAUACAGACUGCAGACUCCAGGAGCCUGGCUCUCUCCAGCGAAUCAGCUCACGGAGACGGAAACGUCCUCGAGUAGCGCGACAAGACACCACAGAGAGCGAGGAUGAUGGCGGGCGAAGCCAUAGAUCCCAUCGAUGGAAUCUGAGGCUUAGUCCUGACAGAGCACACAGCAGAACCAUACUCGAGGAGAGCAUAUCACAGGUCAGGCCACUGAUCAUUUGCAGGCCAAACGUGGAGAAGCAGAAGAGUCCUGAUGAGGUGACCCGAGGCUCCAAACUGACGUCUCUGUGGCCGUCGUCCUUCUCUCUUCCUCUUAUCCUCCUCCUGUCAUUACCUCUCUCUGUUUCUCUCAUUGUUUUUAUCGUGUCUUUCCUCCUUCCGUGGGCCAGUGCUUGACCCCUGCCAUGCCUGCUUCAGGAUAUUAGUUUCAUUCCAGAAAUUACAGAAAGUUCUACCGACUCAUAUAAUGUAGUGGAUAGCGUAAUUUCUUUAUAAACGAGUAGAAAGACUUGAAGAUAAUAAUAGAUUAGCAAUACUGAAUUUGUGUUCAAUGUUUCUUUUCCUCCUUUCUUUAAAUAUCUUGACUUUAAGCGAAGGUCGUCCCUCGAAACCAAAAAGGCACUGAGAAACUUUCAUAACGUGGCGCAUUUUGAUCGAGAAUGUGCUCACAGUGAACACAACACAAACUCAGCUCCUGCCUCUGUCUCAUAAAAUCUCACCUUCCGUCUCACUUUUCCUCACCCCCUCGUUUGUAAAAAUAGACCUCUCAUCUCGCUCCUUAUUCUAACAAGCCACUGGAGUGACACAGAGGGGGGGGGGGGGCAAGGUUUUAUGGCUGUGCAGGUACUUUUAAAAAGGAAACUAGGAGGCUCGGUAGGAAAACCUGCGAAAGACAAUGCUGCCGAACUAUGCAAUCCCUCUGUUUGUACCGCGGCAUCUUAACUGCUGUUCGAGUACGUCUCCUAUGUCCUUGGCACUGUCGACACCUUCGUGGCCCCCCGUCCCCUUUUCUUCCUCUGAGGAGUACAGUUUGUGAAUGCAGGGACUCGAUGGUUCCAAAGUAGAGCGUGACCCAAUUUAAAAAGCAUUACCAGGAGAGAUCUGAUACAGCUCCCAUCGUGUAUGAUCUACAGCACAUCUGUUAUAACGAAUAAAUUACAUGUAUUAAUUUACGCGCCGCAGACCUCAAAAUAAAACGAGCUUUGGUGGCAGUGUGUUACAGGAGUUUGGACACUAUUUCACAGUCUUACAUUCAUAUUUAAGAAUGCUUAUGUAAAUUAUGAUUUAAGAGGACUAAGCUUGACAAUCAGUCAUGCUGUUUAUUUCAAGCUGGAAUAUCUAGAAAACGCCAUCUUUUGGCUAUGUUUGUACUGUACAUUUCAUUUUAUGUUGUUUUGUAUGUGUUUUGAAGUUAGGGUUGUUUUUUCUUCUUCCACACGUCACACUACUGAUGCUUGCUUGCCUGUAGAAAAAUGAUCAUUUUAGGUUAAUAUCAGGUUGCACUGUGUUAACUGGUUAGUUUUAGAGAUUUUUCUCUCCUAGUUUGUUGUCAUGUUGUAGUCUUACAUCUUAUUUCUAUAUGUGUUUAUCUCUGUUUCAUGGGGCCCAGAAAUUCAAUAAAACUAGAUUGUAUUUUGACAA